AUGUCAGCGUCUCCUUCCAAUCUUCAAUCGACCAAGCGUCCUCUCGAGGACCCUUCGUCUCCUUCGGCUCCCAAUGAUCAACCCGAGGCCAAACGACCAGCCCUCGACAAAGUAGUUCGCAACGAUGCCGAAGCCGAAGCGGACGUUUCGAGCAACCAGAUUCCCAGUGUCGAGGAUUCCAAAGACACUCAAGGUGACACAGUCGUCCCCGAUGCUCCCAAUGGAAAAGGCCUCCCCGAAACUCAGCCCAUUCAGUCAACCGCGUCGCAAGGUGAACGGGCUGGCUCCCAAUCCGAACAUACGGUGCAGGACGAAUCCAACUGGAUCCAUAUUCGUGCUGUGAUUUCCAGCCAAGAGGCAGCUACAGUUAUCGGAAAGGGAGGUGAGAAUGUGUCUCAGAUUCGUCGUAUGUCCGGCGCCAAGUGCACCGUCAGCGAUUAUUCUCGGGGUGCCGUAGAGCGGAUUCUGACCGUGAGCGGCCCCCAGGACGCGGUGGCCAAAGCAUUUGGCCUGAUCAUUCGUACUCUGAACAAUGAACCCCUCGAUGCCCCUUCCACUGCCCAGUCCAAGACCUAUCCGCUGCGUUUGCUAAUCCCGCACAUUCUUAUUGGUUCCAUUAUCGGUAAAGGUGGCAGCCGUAUUCGUGAGAUCCAAGAGGCUUCUGGCGCCCGUUUGAACGCCUCCGACGCCUGUCUUCCGUUAUCAACUGAACGCUCUUUGGUCAUUCUCGGUGUUGCAGAUGCCGUGCACAUUGCGACCUACUACGUCGCUGUUACUCUCGGCGAACAACUGACGGAGCGAUUCGGCGGUGCUGCCGCUUCAGCAUAUGCCACUCGUAGUGGUGGCCCUGCUGGUGGUGUCCCGGGUGGCAUGCAAGUUGUCCCAUAUGUCCCUCAGCCUGCCGGCGGCCAGUAUGGUCACCCUGACACCUUCAAGCGUCACCACCCUCACCCCAACCGUGGUCAGCCGGGUGCCUAUGGCGUCCCUUACAUGCAUGGCCAGCCGACCCCGGCCCCUGUCGGUCAGCCUGCCAUGCCCUAUGGUGCUACUCCCCAUACUCCCUAUGCUGGCGGUCCUGCUCCGCACCAGCCAACUCCUUACGUGGGUGGUCCCCAGCCUACACCUGGCCGUGGAGCCCCGACUGCCCCUGCCCCCGUGAAUGCUGCUGCCAUGCCCGGCCAGCCACUGACCCAGCAGAUUUACAUCCCCAACGACAUGGUCGGCGCCAUUAUUGGAAAAGGCGGUGCCAAGAUUAAUGAAAUACGCCACCUCAGCGGCAGUGUAAUCAAGAUCAACGAGCCCCAGGAGAGCAGCAAUGAGCGUCUGGUUACUAUCACAGGUACUCAGGAGUGCAACCAAAUGGCUCUGUACAUGCUCUAUUCUCGCCUUGAAAGCGAGAAGCACCGCGUCUAA